UAUACGAACACAAUCUCCCUCAUCUAUGGCUCUAUGGUUUGGGUAUCUUGUUGCUUGCUAUCUUCAAUACUUUAAUUGGUUCAGCACAAGUUUUCACAUGAGACUCCACGCCUCUACCAAUGGAUAUUUAUUAUAGAAGGAAGUUGAAUGAUUCCGAAUAAAAAUUUCUUCAAGUUGCUGGCCAAUGAAGUGCUAGUAAAAAAUAAUCAUCGGGAUCAGAGUUUUUUCAUUGGAAUGGAUAUGGUGGAUUUUUCUCUAUAGAGCUGCCUGUUAUAUAUUCCUGGAGAUGUUUAUGGCCCUUGUGGUGCAUCAACUAAACCAGAAAGUACUUGUUGAAGAGUAUAAUUGUUUUCCCUAAUUUAUAUAUCUCCCACGGCUUUUGUUAAUUAUUCCAUUAUGGUUUUCUCGGUUAUGCUACCGUUGUUCACGGGGCUUCAUUUAUCUUAGAAGAGGUUCUUUGUUGAAGAGUAUAAUUGUUUUCCCUAAUUUAUAUAUCUCCCACGGCUUUUGUUAAUUAUUCCGUUAUGGUUUUCUCUGUUAUGCCACCGUCGUUCACGGGGCUUCAUUUCUCUUAGAAGAGGUUCUUCAUUGGUUUAUGCCUCCUGAGUAUGCCAAAUGUACAUCUCGUUGGAGUGAUGCAAUUUUUAUGGGAGUAUUGCAUGAAGAAUUGAAAUUGAAUCGAUAUCAUUGGAAUGUACUUGUAUCAUUAUGUGGAAUCCCGGAGAUAUCUCCCAUUUAGAUAAAAGUUAUGUGAACUUCUUGUUCAUCGAGGACACAGGAGUUAAUCCUUCGUUCUAUUCUGAAUAUGAAGGUUAUCUAAAGGGUUUUAUCCCAGGCAUGGAUUUUUCUAUAUCUUUUCAAUAUUUCUAUGGCCCUUUUGGAACUGGCAUGGCGGCACUAUUACUGUUCCUUAUUUUGUUUCUCAUCUUUUCCAUGUAAUGGUAGACGGGAAUAUAGAGGAAAUGAUUUAAGGCAUAAGCUUGACAGCAGGCAUUCUCCUUUGCAGGAAAGGGAUUCCAGGGGACGACAUGGACCUCGCGAUUAUAGCUCAUCCUGGUCACUUGAACGACAAAGUGAUCGUAAAAGAAGGAAAAAAGAAUAUGGGGAUUCCCGUAAUGAUUAUUCUGGGAAUUUGAGGAUUUCAGAUAGGAGUGAAGAACGAGAUAGAGAAGGGAAAAUCUCAUCUGCUUCUAGAGACACUCUUGAGGGGCAGUUAAACAAGAUGCAGGCAGAUAUUGAGAUGGCUGAGCACCACAAACACCAAGCUGAGGUCUAUCUGGAUGAGAGGAUCCAAGAAGUGGAUAGUUUAACUUCUAGAAUUCAGGAGCUAGAAUCCCAAUUAUAUAAAGAGAGGGAGGAUUCUAGAAGGAUCAAAUCAAAAAUCAAGAAAUUUGUCAAAGCACAUAAUCGUUACUCAAGGAUACAAGAUGAACUGAAGCGCUCGCAAGCCCGACUUCAACAGUUGGGGGAUCAGCUGGGGUCGGAUGUUAAUAAAAUUGGUGCCAAUGAAGAAGACUCGAGCAUUAAUAUUGUGAGCGAUGGAGAGGACCCUGGUUUUCAUGCAGUUAGCCCUCUUCAUGACCUGCAAAAAGACAAUUCUGCAAGCAAGAAGAAGCAUGUUGUUCAAGAUAUUGCGGAAAACUCAAAACGAGCUGAUUUAAACAAAGGAAGUAAAGAGGCAGUGGGCAGAUUGAGAAGGUUCUCUCGGUGGAAUGCCCAUCCUUCUCAAUCGGUAUAUAGCAAAAUUGAGGCGGUUGGCAAUGAAGUCAAUGAUUUGAUACCUACAGCAAAUGAAAGCAAGCAGAAAAGAGGAAGGACAUCUACCACUGUUUCUUCUGCGGAUAAGGUUAGGGGUCUGGAAUCAGGUGUUGUUGUGCCAUUAACCAGCAUGGCUGCCCAUGCAGUUGAUGAAGAAGUUGAUAUUGAAUUGGAAAUCAACAACAAAGUGAACGAAACGAGGGAAAAUACUAAGGAAGCUUCGUUCGGUAGCCUGCCCUUUCCGCCCCCCCCUCCACCUCCAAUCCGUGAAAUUAACCAUUCAAGGUAUGAAAGUGAAGAUCAAAAUGUAGAUGUGGUGACGCUCGAUGACGAAAGGGCACGCUUGGACAAUGCCUAACAUUGAAUCCUGUUGUAGAGAUUAAAUGACUUCUUAGUAAAGUAAUUAGUUUCAUAGAGUUGCGCGCAGGUUGGGGUUUUAUACUUUCUUGUUUAAUACACUUGUAAUUUUCGAGUUUGUGAUUUAGCAUAUCAGAUACCGAUGACCUCUCCAUUCUAUUUUUUUCUUGGUAGAUUUUGGUUGCUAUUUUUGAAUUAUCAUGACGAAGAUAUUCUCUC